GAAGUUCUUGUGCCAGAUAUAUAGUCAGCUAAAUCAUUCCUUCCCUCUAACCCUCUAACUUUUCCUACACCAUGAAAGACAGUAAGGCCAGCAUGGUACAGUACUGUACAGCCCGGCCAUGCAUAACCUGUUUGAUCUAGCCAUGUCCCAUUCACCAGUGAGCGCUAUUCCCAUUACCGCUGCUCUUGCUAGCUUGACCGGUUGAGAGAAUGCCUCUGUUCGGGGUUGGAUUGCUUUCUCCCCUCCGCACGCCCACUCCACUCCCUCCCGCACUCCCUCUGCCUUCCCAGUUUUUCCCAUCCAUAUGGCACCCGCUUCUGAACAGCUAAAUGACAUACGGAGGGUAUAUAUCCCGACUUCCUCUAACCACCCACCGGCUCCUGAUUUCCUCGAUUCUUUAUAUGAUACUUUUCAUUUUAUUCUGUCUCCUCGAGCAAUCAGUAUCAAAGCCUCUCUGGAGUCUUCCCUCCCCGUGUGCUUAGUUCUUUCCCACUGUCCAAAACGCUCUUCUUUUUAAACUUAACUCUAAAUAUACCGGUAUCUCUUGCCUAUGCAGACAUCCCUAAGUUUUGGUCUAUUCCACCGAAGCCAUCACUUGAUUCCCCUUACUGUUGCCUAUCGCUUCAUUACAACCAGAAACCCCUAUCGCGAUAGGUGCUCUGAGUCCCCUGCCCUCCCUCCCUUCCCACUUGGCCAUUCUAAAUUGCGCCUUCGCCGUAUGAUAAAGACCCAGGGAGCUACAAUACUACUUCUUGAUGUUAUUUCCUUAGCAAGUUUCUUUCCUCUAAAUCCUUUCCUACCCAUUUCCCUUUAUUUCAUGUUUCUUCCACCGUUCUGUUUUUCUUACCACUCUCCGCAAGCGUAAGAUUUAUUUGUAUGCUUCAGGUAUGAAAGACUGUUAUUUUCCUCCCCACACCAGUCACCUGCCCUCGUAGGACAGAGAGAAACUUAUUUCUCUUCCGUUUAUUCCUAUUAGUUUACCUGAGGGCAAACGGUGAGAAGGACGAAGAAAGGGAGGAGAAUAAACAAAUAAAUUUUCGGUGGUAGAAGGAAGGAGAGGAAAGCGUACCUGCCCUUCCCUCCAACCUCAACCUCCCAUAAACACAUACUACCUCUCUCACCACCACGCAGCUCUCCCACCCCCUCCCCAAUUUACAUAAAUACCUCCGAGGGCCCCGUUCCUAUCAGGGCUGUUUUCCCCUCUCCCGCUCUCCUUCCCUUGCUACCCUUCCUCCCUCACAUCCUACCCCCAACUCCUUCUCCCUCUGGACAACCAACACCAAGACCACCGCGCGGUGAUUUACCACUGCUACCGGUACGAUAAACACCACCACCAUAACAAUCCUUCUAUCCACUAAUCCCCCCAAAAAACUGCUUCCCAAAGCAAACCAAGAGCCUUCGUGUGUACUCCAAAACCCACGCACCGCUGCUUCCUCCCUAAAGGAAAAAAAACCCCCUCACACUUUUUACGAUACGCAAAAGCACUAAAUAAUCACCGCCUAUCUCUCCCCACAAAAUGAGCGAACCAGUUCUACGUCGAAGUGGACGGAAUAUCGCGAAGAAGGAAGUGGCCCCUCCCCCGCCCGUGCCAACCUCCAAGAAACGCGUAUCUGCGGAGCCCAAGAGGCCCGCCUCGAAGAAAGCAAAAAUGGCUGUCGAUAGGGCUGCCGCCGUUGUCAAGAAUGCCGUCGGUAAGGAUAGGGACAACAAGAAGAAACCAGAGGGCGAAACAACCACCUCUGUGGCGGCUACUGAACAGAAGGCCGCAACAACUCCGGCGACUGCAUCCUCCUCCUCCGUUGCCGCGGCGGUAAGUGCUACCGUUGUUGCUGCCCCGGCUGUCACCAAAUCCGCUAAGGCGAAAGGUGGAAAGGCAAAGGCAAAGAAAGCCGACGUAGCUGAGGAUGCGGCGGUGGCUCUCAAGGAUGGCGAUUUAUUGCCAAUCACGUUACCAGAGGUUCAGACCCAUGAUGGUGGGAAAACCACUUUGACAGCUAUUCUCGCGAAAGCCUCCAAGGGGAUCGUGAUCUUUGCUUAUCCUAAAGGUAUUUUAUUAUAUCUGCGUAUUUAUAUGUAUUUGCACUGGGGGGCCCCCCGCGCGCUAUGAGAGAACUAAAAAAAAUUGCCCCCCCCUCCUACCAUCACCCCAUUCCCCGCUAUGGAGAAAUUCAAAGCUAACAAUUCCCCCUCACCCCCACAGCGUCCACCCCAGAGUGCACUACGCAAGCCUGCCUCUUCAGGGACAAUUACACCGCCUUCACUGAUGCCGGUUUCUCCGUAUAUGGCCUCUCGGGUGACCAACCCGGUGUGAACGAGAAGUUCCGCAACAAGCAGAACCUGACAUACACCCUCCUCUGCGACCCGACCUACGAGCUGCACGAGAAGCUUGGCAUCAAGAAGUCGCCCAAGGGCACCAUCCGUAGUGUCAUCAUCAUCGAGAAGGCCUCGGGCGACGAUGCCCCCGCCGCGCACCCGGGGAAGAUCCUGCGCAAGACGAAAGCCUCCGCCCAGGUGUCUCUCCAAGUCGCCAAGGAGGUCGUCGGCCUCGGGGGCACGAAGGAGGCGGAUGGUGGUGGGAACAAGGAUGCUGCCGGUGAUGCUACCUUGCCGGAUGCUAGGGCUGCCGGCGAGGGGACAGCCUAACUCUCUCUUGCCCUCUUCCUCUUCCUUUUCUAUCCAUCUACCCGAUCCUCAUGCUGCGCGGGAUUGUGCGGUCGCUGUGUUAGGAAUUUCCUGUUUACUUGUUUGUCUAGUCAUACCCGGGUAUACGUUUAGUGUAUAUUCAUCCAUCCUCGGGCCAACAGUAAAGUUCGGAUCACGGGAACUAACGUGAAUGGGGGCAGAGGUGAGGAGCGUGGGAAGGGGGAAGGCGAGCUUAUAGGUAGGGUUCUUGCUUUGUACGUCCUGGGUUCAAAGUACAGUAGAUGAACCAGGAUGGGGAGGUUUUCCUUCCCCCUUCUCGCAUCUCCACUCAUGGAGCUCCUUUUUUUGACCUUUUCUGUCUUUUUGUUUCCUUCUCUCCAUCUUCGUUCCUCCUUCCGUAUCUCUUUUUCCUCCCAAGUUAUUCUUUUCCCCCACCUGUCUUUCUCCCCUUCCAUUACCUUCAAAAAUUAUAUCCAUUCCCUCCAAGUUCCGUAGGUAGCCUUGGCCCCCCUCGUAACUUUCCUGUCAUCUUCCCCUGCUUCCUCCUUUUACAAGAGACGGCGGCACAGUGCCAACAGUAGUAGGGAAAGAAAAGAGGGGACACUAUUUCAUUGUUCAUUUCUGUCAUUCCAUAUCUAUUUGUAUGAAUACGAUGCCAUUUUUUUUUCUAUCUCAAUGCGAUUGAAUUGCAGGCCAGGUUCAGGUGGGCUGGCUCUUGA